AUGCACACUCUUACAAUCAAGUUUAAUCUCGAACAAGACAAAUGUCGAGGUUUAUUGGUCGCCAUUUCAUUUUGCAUUCAUGUUUCUGGCACGAGUUUUGGAAGGAGACUCUUUGCAACAGCAACAUCAGAAGCUUCUGCUGCUGGGGCUGCAGCUGGUAGUAGAGUUAGGACUGCACAUAACCCUCUUGAGGAGUUCUUUGAGAUUGAUAGAAACCCUGAGGAGGACAAACCUGUUGUCUACGGGCGUAGCUGGAAGGCUUCAGAGCUACGUCUGAAGUCAUGGGAGGAUCUACAUAAGUUAUGGUAUGUCCUGCUCAAAGAAAAAAACAUGCUCAUGACUCAACGCCAGAUGCUUCAUGCUCAAAACUUGCGCUUUCCUAAUCCUGAACGCCUACCUAAGGUUAGGAAAUCAAUGUGCAGAAUCAAACAUGUGUUGACUGAGAGAGCAAUUGAAGAUCCAGAUCCUCGGAGGACUGCUGAGAUGAAGCGGAUGAUUAAUGCUUUAUGAUCAUCUUCUUGUUUUUUUUAGCAUCAUAAUAUAACCAAUAAACUGAAAUUCGAGAGUUGAUUAUGAGACCUUUUCCUUUUAUGCUUGUAAUUGUAUGCACUAGAUUUAUAUGCAUCAUAUGUUUUCAUGUCAUUUUGUACCACAAAUUUAUUGUCUUUUUAUCU